GUAUCACGCCCCACAAAGACCAAAGUAGAAUCAUGCUGAGAAAACGCAUCCUGCAGCAAGCCAGUGAAGCUCUAAGGAGUACCGACCGAGUUUCACGAACAACGCCACGAACUGCAUACUUCCGCUUGUUCAAAGGAAGCAAACGCUGGAUUCAGUUGUUGGGCGGGAUCCUCUUCCUGGUGUAUGGUGCUUUUCCGGCCGCAUUCUACUUCUCUGGCUGGUUCAGGAGGUUCCUCAUCUUCGGUCACUACAUCAACUGGCCGCCACUCAUCAACUUCAACGACACGGACGCUUACGAACUCCCCUACACUCGCUCCCUCUUCAUCGAGUCAGCCGACAACAUCGCCCUGGGCACCUGGCAUGUCAUGCCAAAGAGCGAGUGGCACCGUUGUGCAAAUGGGGUGCAUCCUGAUGCCGAGUUCCAGGACAGCAGACCGGUCAUCAUCUACUACCACGGACAUGCCGAAACUCGUGCGACAGACUACCGAGUUCAGCUGUACAGGCGGCUUUCGCAGAGCAUCGUUGAUGCCCAUGUCAUCGCCUUCGACUACCGUGGCUUUGGCGACUCCACGAACGUGAUGCCUUCGCGGCAUGGCGUUAUCCAGGACUCAUUGGCCGUCUACGAGUGGGUCAAGCGUAAGGUUCCGAACUCGAGGAUCGUCAUCUGGGGACAUUCCCUUGGGACCGGGGUCGCCAUCCAGCUUGGUGAGAUCUUUGCGAGGACUGGAGACAACCCGGCGGCCAUUGUCCUCGAAGCGCCGUUCAACAGCCUGGUGGAAGCUGCACUGCGGUGGCCUCUGAGCAUCCCGUUCCGCUACAUACCCGGCACACGGAAAAUCCUGGAGCCUCUGCUGGAAGAGGACACCAACUUUGAGUCGGAGCAGAAGGCCGGAACACUGACUGCUCCAGUAUUGGUCCUGCAUUCUAAGGAUGAUCCUCUGGUGCCCUACGACCUCGGGAGGAAGUUGUACGAAAGGUUGCAGCGGGACCGCCCUUCCCAUCUUCCAGCUGCCGUUUUCUACGACGUUGACAGCAGCGUGGGCCCAGGACACCGUCGGAUUUACAAGGAUCCAAAGUUCCCUGAGGUGGUGUCUGGGUUCAUUAAGAGCUUUGUGAGAUGAUUGGCGGCAUAGACGUACCGUGCAUACCAGAGUUAAUGGGAUCCUGCUUCGUGGUGUGCCCAAGAUGAACUGGUUGGAGUCUAGUCUACAUGCUAAGAUAUUGAUCACUCUAUGGAACUAGUAUAUAUCAAUUUGCCAUUCCUCUCAUUCAUUUACGAGUUUGUUGCCAAGUGUUCUUGCAUGGCCUUUUCUAUUUCUUUAAGUUGUUUUGUGUCAGGUAGUGGUUUAGACGUUAAAGUUACCAAAUGUAUGAAGUUCAUAUUAUGAGAUAAUGUUCUUUAGUACUGUAUUGUUAGUGCAAAAGGUUCAAGCCAAAACAUGCGAUAUGGGUCCAUAUACAUAUUGUUCCUUGAUUGCAAGAUAUGCUAUAUUUCUGCAACAUUUUGUUUGUUGCUCGUUGGAACCUGGUCGGGCUUUAUAAUGGCAGCUUUUUAAAAAUAAUUCUGAAACAAAAAUAAAGAAUGUUUAAACAGACUAUCCACUGAACUUAAGCAAAAUUUUCUGGAGUACUUUUUGAAGGUUCAUCUUUGUCAUUGGCUCUAGUGCAGAACUGUAUUCAUACAAUAAUUGUGUGCAAUUGCUGAUUCAAGUUUGGUGACCACUAUUUUCAAAAGUUUGCAGCAAGUAGUCUGGUUUAAUUUACUGCCGGUUGGAUUGAGUAGCACUGGCCAGUCGGUCUGCAAGACUGGAAAAUUGUGCUGAAAGACAAAUCGAAGGGCUCUAUUGUCAUAAAAAAAGGAGCAUGUGCUUGUUGAUGGAAUUAUCAAGAUUUCCAACUAGCUGGAACGCUAGAAACACGUGAUAGCCAUUUUAAGCUCUGUCACAAGAAGUGCUUGGUGAAUCCUUGGGCCAUAUGUUUGGAAGGAUGUACCAGAGGACACUUUACGGUAAAGUGGUUCCCUGCCAACCUAUUGCUAAGCCUACUGGUGACUUUAUGGUGAAGCCAGCAGUCUAGAGCCAGGACAGAUUACAAGGCAAGUUUAACGAAUAUUUG